AUGGUUUCUUACACUCAAACUUACGCUUUUCGGUCAUCAAUGACUCUUCUGAAAUCGGUCUGGCUAACAGGCUGCCUCACCGCCCUUUUUUACAGUAGUCCUAUCAAUGCCAUUGCGCUUAACAUAUCCAAUCCUUACAGCGCCAACCUGCGUCAUCUUUUGACUAAUGAGUAUCAUGGGUGGUCAUCUAACACGUCGAUCAACUUCGCUGGAUCGAGUGACUUCUUCGCUUCUACAGAGAGAUGGACAACAUUCAGUGCUCCAUCAUACGCGACCGUCAUCAGUCCAGGAACAGAGGGAGAUGUUGCUAAGAUUAUCAAACUUGCAACGAUGCAUAAUAUUCCUUUUCUUGCCACAGGAGCUCGUCACGGGUAUACAACCACCCUUGGAAAGCUUCAAAAUGGCCUCGCGAUUGAUCUCAGUCACUUCAAAGAGUUUCAGCUAGAUGCGGAUGCAAAGACUCUGACUGUCGGCCCUGGUGUGACGGUUGGCGAGAUAUUCGACCCCUUGUUCAACGCUGGAUUUGACAUUCAGACUGGCAGCGCUCCCUGUCCCAGCUUCAUUGGUGUGACACUUGGUGGCGGCGUUGGCCGGUUCCAAGGCGCGUACGGCUUACUCUCGGACGCGCUCAUCUCGGUUCGUCUCAUCAUCGCCAAUGGCGAAGUUUUAGAAGUGUCAAGAACCAGCCACUCCGAUUUAUUCUGGGCGAUUCGUGGUGCAGGUGCAAACUUUGGUGUUGUCACCUCUGCCACUUACAGCGUUCAUCCAUUGAAGAACAACGGUGACAUGUUUGUUGCGGAAUUCAUCGUUCCACCUCGGAGGCGGUCUGAGUACUUCCGCAUAAUGGAAUCUAUGUCGCCGUUACCUGCUGAGCUAUCCUCUCUGCUACUGAACAGCUUCAACACGACCAUAAACCAGACUCAGUUGUAUUCACACUGGGCGUACAAGGGCACUGAAACUGUAGCCCGUAAACAUUUAUCACCAAUCUUGAAGAUGAACCUCACAGCAACUCAAAUGAGGGUCCUGCCCUGGAACAGGCUCGUGGAGAACACUUUCGCUGGAGCUGCCGUCACUGUCUGCCAACCCAACACCAACCGAAAUCUGUACACCUUGAGCAUGAGAAAUUACUCAGCGUCCACUUGGGAAGCUGUAUCCUCCAAGUUGGCGACUUUCUACGCCCGGUAUCCCCAGGCGCGUAGUUCUUCUCUUCUCUAUGAAUUUUUCCCAAAUCAAGCCAUGGCUGCUAUUCCAUUAGACGAGAGUGCGUUUCCGCGGAGGGAUACAACAGCAUACAUUAAUCUUAUUUUGACGUCAAGUACUCACGACAAUGAGAUAGACGAUGUUCUGGCGAGGUUUGGUGAGGAUAUUCGGCGAGAUGUGGCUGCAACAUCUGGGUAUUCAGAGAUUACGACCUUUGUGAAUUAUGCUCACGGCGACGAAACACUAGAGCAGAUCUAUGGCAAAGGAAAGCUGGCACGGCUGGCAGCGCUGAAGAGGAUAUGGGAUCCUAAUGAAGUCUUCAGUUUCAACAAUGGCUUGCCUACCCGGUAUCCUUAG